AAACUAAUUACAUUAUUCCAACCUUUUUUUCUCUUUUCCUAUUUCCAUUUUCUUUCUCUUUCCACCAUUUUCUCGGCAACCAAACACUCCAAUCAAUUAACUCGUAUUUUAUAUUAUUAUUUUUAAUUCGCGGUAGGAAUUCGUUUUCUCUGAUCGGGAUCUGGAAGGGAAGCGAAUCGACAUGGGGUUCUUGGUGACGACGCUGAUCUUCGUAGUGAUCGGAAUCAUCGCGUGCCUCUGCACCAGAAUUUGCUGCAACAGAGGACCUUCUACCAAUCUAUUUCACCUUACUUUGGUAAUUACUGCAACAAUUUGCUGCUGGAUGAUGUGGGCGAUUGUAUAUCUGGCACAAAUGAAACCACUCAUUGUACCUAUACUGAACGAGGGCGAAUAAGUCUUUGAACAGAUGUAGCUCCUUGUAAGUUAGAGAAAAUGGAUCGCAGAUUGGCUGCUGGAUAGAAUUUGAUUUUGGCUAUCAUGAGUUGUUCAGUAUUUUUUCAGGGUGGAGCUGUAUGUAUUUCUUGCUGGAUAAUGGCAUUCCAGUUGGCAUUUCUAUUGCUACCUGGCAUUGGUCGUGUUACGGAUGUUGUAUUUAGCACUCAUUCAUUUCAUAUGUCCGUGGAUAAUGAUAUCAAAUAUGUAUUUUGGUGAAAAAUAAGUUGAUGAAAAAGAAGUACGUUUUGUCUAAGAUUCAAAAUGGGUCAAUGUUUGUGAAACUCUUGCGCUUAUGUACACAAUUCGCUUUGGUCACUACCAGCUGAAUGAAAUAGUAAUUCAGUACUGA